AUGGAGGAGUGGAGGAAUCUGGCCUUGGCAGCGGCGGAUGAAAGCUUCGCCAACACCGUGACCAAUGGUGUAGCGGAGACCAUCGCUAGCGCCAUCCAGCAGUACCGCCUGGCCGCCGAGGAGUGCCGCGGAUUCGGCCAGGGCGUGCACCCGACGCCCAACGCCGGCGAGCGCGCUUCAGCAGGCGGCGACUUCGUCGACCUCGCCAUCGACCGGAUCAAGAGCAUCAGCAGGUUCCACGCCGUGCGGGGCAGCGUCUUCUCGCUCUGCGUCCGGCGGAUCGGGCUCCAGGGCAACGCGCUGUGGUACAUGUGGCAGUUCUACCACGCCGACGAGGCCCGCCACGCGGAGACGGCGAUGCUGUCGCUGCGUUCCGCCAAGUCGCACGGCCAUGCGGCCGUCCGCGUCUUCGAGCGCAUGCUCAGGCCGCCGUCGCCGCAAGCGGUCGCCCGCGCGUGGGCGCCCGCGGCCGUGCAGCUCCUGCGCCGCGCAAUCAAGAAUCUGGCCAUGGCGGAGGUCUCCGUGGGACAGAUACGCCCGGCCAUCGUCGUCGAGUACAACGACGCCCGGAGGCUUCUGCAUGGCUGA